CUCAGAUACUGUGUAAGUUGUUGGAGUUGGAGAUAACUGAGCUUCAAAAUGGAGACUCUGACUGUGGAGUGCCAGUUGAAGUAUAAAUUUCGAGAUCUGACCAUUGAAGAAUUGAAGAGUGUACAUGAGUUGUACCCAAACAUCAGAUUCACCAUGAGCACCUAUACUUUCAAGGAUGGGUCCCAAAAAGAUCUGUUGAAUUUUAGUGGUACAGUUCCAGUGAAAUAUCAGGGUAAUUCUUACAAUAUUCCAGUUUGCCUAUGGAUUUUAGAUUCUCAUCCUUUUACUCCUCCAAUUUGCUUCUUGAAACCUACUGCAAACAUGGGAGUUUCUAUAGGAAAACAUGUAGAUGCCCGUGGAAGGAUCUACUUGCCAUAUCUGCAGCACUGGAGCCAUCCGAGAUCGACAAUCAUAGGCCUGACGGAGGAAAUGAUUGCAAAAUUUGAAGAGGAGCUGCCUCUGUAUUCAUUAUCAUCCACUGAUGCAGCCAGACAGUUGGAGUUACUCUCCUAUAUUGCAAAAAUCACUGAAGGUGAAAACAAUAUACAGUCCAAGGGAAAUGGGAAGAAAGAUGAUGGAAAGUUUAAUAAAGUUACAGUGAUUGGAUCAGGGGAUCUAGGCCUUGCUUGUGCACUGGCUAUAUCAGCAAAGGAUGUUGCUGACAAGGUGAUUGUCUUGGAUUGUUCAGAAGGUGCAGCAAAAGGAGGAACAAUGGACCUAGAGAUCUUUGCCCUACCAAAGAUAGAAGUCAGCAGAGAUUUUUCUGCCACUGCAAACUCAAAAUUGGUGGUGCUUACCAUUAAUUCUUUAGGCAAUGCUCAGUCGUACCUAGAUGUUGUACAAAGCAAUGUAGAACUGUUCAGAGGUAUAAUUCCAUCAAUAGCACAUUACAGUCAAAAUAGUGUACUGCUUGUAGCUUCGCAACCAGUGGAAAUAAUGACAUACGUGUCCUGGAAGAUGAGUGGGUUUCCUAGGAGCAGAGUUAUUGGUAUUGGCUGUAACCUAGACUCUGCAAGAUUCCAAUAUAUUGUUUCAAACAUAAUGAAAGCCCAAACCAAAGGCAAAGUUAAUUGGAUUAUUGGUGAACAAGGGGAAAAUAAAGUGACAGCUUGUAGCAGCUCUAAUUCAGCGGGAGAAUAUCAGAGUGAAGAUUUAACAGAUGAUAAUGCUGAUCAUCUGUUGGCCAACAGAGCCCUAGAAGUUCUAAAAGGCAAAGGUCAAAGAUCCUGGUCUGUGGGCUUGUCGGUAGCUGACCUGGCUGACAGUAUACUGAACGAUAAAAGAAAAGUGCAUUCCAUAUCAACUAUGGUAAAGGGCCACUACAAUAUAAACUGUGAAGUAUUUUUGAGUAUGCCUUGUGUACUUGGAAUCAAUGGAGUGACUGAAAUGAUCAAUCUAUCCGCUGAGAGUGCAGUAACAGAAAAGCUACAGUCAAGUGCUGCCUCAAUUCAUGAUCUUCAACAGCAGUUGAAACUUUGAUUACCAUGGAGCAUAGCUUCUGCCACAAAAUAGUGUCCUUUUUCAAUAUAUUUUGCAAUAUAUCAAAUAUUUUAUUACUUGGCUGCUGACCUGCCUGCCUGCUGAAAAAAUACUACACAACAUGGAAGCUGUAUCUUCAUUUCAGUGUAUUUAAUGGUAAGCAAAAGUCAAGAACCUCUCUGUGAAGGAAACCCUUACAACAAAAAUAAUUACAUAGGAUGGAAAUAUUUAAAUGGAGUAUGAAAAUGUAGUGUAUUUUGAUAGGAUACCAGCACAAAAAAUUAUUCUAGUUUCAUAUCCUAUAUUCAGUUGUACAUUUUUGCUAUAUUUUAUACUCUAAUUUUGUACUCUUGUCUUGCCUGUAAAAGGAGUUUCCGUAGCACAAGAAAUGUGUGCCUAUUUCUCCUCCUGAGAAAUAAAGGUUCUUUCACUACAUGACUUUAUUAGCUUCUCAAAAUCUCUCUCCAUCAAAAUGAGUUCUAAUGAGAGGUUUUCCGUCUACCAGGGUUGUUGUACCAUUGUAAAAGAUGUGCCAUUGCUACCUGUAACUGCUGCAGAGAACUGGUCAUGGAUGUAUAUGACACAUUUCUAAUUUCCAAAGAUGGAAAUUACUAAGAGCAAGACAUUAUCUAAAAUCACAGUUCAUAAUUCAGCUGGUACUAAUUUGUUAUUGCUUUUUGAAAGUUUAUACCAGCCAAUCAUUAGGAUUUGGAAAUGCUAUGGCACCAAAUUAAUUGAAGUUUGAGUCUGGGGUGAUAUCAGACAUAAAGUCUGUGUUGCCUUAACCUAGCUGAAAAUAUUUCUAGGGUCACUUUCUGUAACUGUUCCAAUCAGGGAGAUGGGAAUAUAUAAGAGAAAGCUAUGGUUAUUUCCAAAGAAGAUAUAUAAAAUGUACAUAUAUACCUCAUGAUUAGUUGUUUUGUUCAAGAAAUCAUAGCCAGAACCCAAAUGACAUUGUGUUUUGUGCAUGCAUAAGGCUGUUUGUCUCCACCUCCUGCUAUAGUCCGUCAUGUCUCUAAAAAGCCAUCCUGAAUCCUUAGGGAAAUCACACACAUAUACAUUAGUAUUAUCAGCUCCCACAGAAGGAUUACUAGAUCCUGGUCAGUACUUAUAAAUUGAGUAUGUGGGUACAGUACUGUGCAUGGAAAGACAGUAAGAAUAUAUUAAGGCAUAUGUAUACAUAACCACCUUGGAAUAACUGCCUCUUCAUCAAUGUGAGCUUUCUUGAACAUCAAAAUUCUUUUCUCAUGCUUCAAAAUACUGUACGUGAAGAGAAAAUUGUAUUACUAUUAAGUAAUUAGCCAAAAUCAAAUAAAUGAAAGAUCUAAAGUUUA